AUGCAUUUUCUCCGCAAGAAGAGCAGCCGUCGCCGCGGUCCCUGGUUCGAUUUGCUCUUCGUCGCGAGGCCGGCAACGCCGCGUGGAAAGGUAGGGACUGUGGAAAUGACUGUGAGAAUUGGAGCGCUGAGGCCAUCGGUGAUCCAGCGUUAUCCUUCUAGGUCAUUUUUUGGCAGCAACUUUUAUUUUAAAUAACUUAGGACAUCUCUAUCAGUCUGUCGGGAAAAUAACGAGCUCAAUGUCGCUUCGGAAAUCGCGUCGCUAAAGUUAAAAAAAUGAGAUUGCCAGAAGACCAUUCAUUUUCUCCGAAGCAAUACGAUUUUGGAUGCGACAGAGGCCCAUUAUUUUCCCGACAGACUGAUGCACCAUACUCUACAUGUUUUAACGCCAAGUUUUUCUGAAUUUACAAAGUUUUUUAAACUUGUAUACAAGCUUAUUGGAAGUCAGUACUAAGUACUUUUUCAAGCAAUGCUUGGGACACAAGAAAAUUUUUUUACCAUUUUCAAGUAGCACUAGCUGUUUUCCUUGUCAUAACAUAACCUCGAAGUCAUCUUCUCAGCUUUAACUUUAUCUUUACCGACUUUGUCGGAGAUGUGGCAAGCUGUUGAACUGUUUUUGCUCAUUUUCAAACCUUGUAUAGAAAUGUCUUCUUAUCGUACUUGAAAAAAUUUGCUUUUUUUACUAUUUACUAUACAAGACUCUUAUUUUAUGGCCAAUUUGUGCAAUCUUCAUUUUGUUGACCUUCCUGACAACUUUCUUCUGCCAGUAGAUUAGUAAGUCGACUGGUCGCAAACUUUCGUUUUCUCACAGUGCAUGUUGCUGCAAUCGCUACAGCAACUUUCCGGGCGGACUAGUAUCCCUCAUGGUCCCCCUAGCUAAGACCCACCUCGUAUUUUGCAUUCUCCACAGAUCUUUGAACGUUAUCAAUAACACAGAAAAGGGUUUCAGGUCAAGAAUUUCAGUCUGUCGGGGUAAUAAUGAGCACAAUGUCGCUGCGCCGAUCAUGUUGCUGAAAUAAAAAAAAAUGAUGUUGUCGCGAAGACAAUUCAUUUUCUCAUCGAUGCUGCGAUUUUCGAUACGACAGAGUGCUCAUUAUUCUCCGGACAUGCUGAUAUUUCAAGACUUGAAAACCAACACCUCACCUUGUUCCUGUCCUAUUCGUACCCAAUUCGAAACCUUCUUCCUUGUACGAACUACACACCCUACCUGGCCUCCUCCCAUUCAUUCUUUCCCCGACAAUGGGGCCGGUGGAAACGGAGAGACUUUCGCGGCAUUCAUUUAAAAUUUCUUGGUUCUUUUCACUUUGCCCCAAUGUUUUUUUUGCAUAUAUACAUCUCGAACAGUCCCCAUAGUAACAGGCGAGCGCCUCGACACGCUCGAGGGUUGCAGCAAUGCGGAUGGUUAUGUAAAUCAUUUGGGUUGAGAGGUUGUUCGAGUGGGACACGGAAGCGGGUUCGCCGCCGGAGGUUUCCCGACAAUGAUGACAUAAGAUUUUGCGGGGAUCUAAUGUAAAUUGAGGUUGUUGUGGGCAACACAAUGGGGUUUCGAGGCGGGUUUUGCAUAAUUUGGAGGAGCUUCAGACCGUUUUGAAAUUUCAAGCCGUUAAUUUUGCGCUAAAGUGCAAGUUUCUGACUUUGCGACGUUUUAUAUGAUGAAAGGUGUUUAUGGAGAUAUAGCGAUAAAUUUAGUCAUAUAUUGAUAGAAGACCCACAUACACGAGCCUUACGCUAAUUGCAACCAAAUUUUUCGAUACAGCGACAUUUUAUACGAUAAAACGUGUUUUACGCAAAAAAUCCCGUUUUGGCUAUUUGAACCCAAUUUUUACCCAGUAUUAAAACACAUCAUAUAUACACCAUAAAAAAGAUAAUAGUGCAUUUCUUUUGUGCAGCGAUAUUUUAUACGAAAAAAACUUUGUUCCCCCAAAAAUACCCGCUUUUUAUAUUUUACUCCCUUUUUACACUCAUUACGGGAAUAAUUUGGCCACAUCAACUCCAAAAGCACACCUGUCCUGCGCCGCAUAGACAUUUUUGUACUCUCAAAAUACCAGUCAUACGCUUUUUCGGGCACAGAAUCAUUUAGUAACGGGUUUUUCGAAUUUUAGAGACUAAUUUUUUCGCCUGUCGCUUUCUCCAAAUUAUUGCUCAUAUAUUGCUCAUGUUUGUCCGUAUCGUCGGCUAGAUUUUCACUCCCCACAGAUUCCUCGUUGCUCGACGAAGGCGACGGAGAGUUCCGGCUGGGAUUUCACGGCCCUCUCGCCUUUUCCGCCACCCUCCUUCGCAUCGUCCUUCUUCACAGCGGAAGUUCGCCGACUCCGAGCAGAUUGGCGAAGAUUUCUGGCGCGCAAAAUGGUCGCUCACUGCUGGAAGGCGCGCAAAUGGAAGCCAAGGCGUUGCUGAAUCUGCCCGGCGGCUCGCGACAUUCGUCGGUGGGAAGCAACUCGAGUCGGCCGCCUUCGUCGCUGCGGGCGGGCCUGCAGCGGAGCCCGGCCAGCUCGGUGUCGGGGUUGCGCAGAGCGCCGGAGGUAAUGUUUGGGUGGGGUUUGGAGGGCUAUGA